UGUUUCCUAAGGUUGAAGCAUUUCAUGUUUUUGGAGUUAUAAAAAUAGCCCCCUCAACCACCCCUUUUUUCUCAUGUGCUUCAAAUUCAAUUAUUUACUUCUCUAAUUUCCAGAGACCACAAAAUUCAUUUCUUGAGUAUAUAUUAGUUUCCAUGGCAGCUUCACCAACUUCUUCUCCUCUACUUCUCGCCGAACAAGAUUCCGAGCCUUCCCAUCUCUCUUUAUCAGAGGUGAUGUUAGAGAUAAAAAUGAUAUACGCAAUCGCGUUCCCGAUGAUAAUCACCGGCCUACUAACCUACGGAAAAUCCCUAAUAUCAAUGCUGUUCUUGGGGAAGCUAGGCAAGGAAGAAUUAGCCGGCGGCUCCCUCGCAGUCGGGAUAGCCAACAUCACCGGUUAUUCCGUAAUAUCGGGGUUAGCUUUGGGCAUGGAGUCCAUUUCUUCUCAAGCCUUCGGGGCCAAGCAACUGCCACUCAUGUACCAAACCCUACAACGCACUGUCGUCAUUCUUUUAUCCGCAUGCAUUCCGUUGUCCAUUAUGUGGCUAAAUAUCGAACCGGUUCUUGUUUUCUGCAAACAAGAUCCCGCCGUUUCCGCCAUAGCCGCUACUUAUCUCAAUUUCUGCGUGCCGGAUCUUUUUUUCCAGUCGCUUAUAAACCCGGUCAAGAUUUAUCUCCGGUCGCAAAACAUCACUCUCCCUCUUAUUUCCGGCGCCGGUUUCUCUCUCUUUCUGCAUGCUCCGAUCAACUAUUUUCUUGUCGAGAAAUUGAGCCUUGGUGUGAAGGGGGUUGCUUUGGGGGUGGCAAUGGCGGAUUUUGUUCUUCUUGUUACGUUGGUUGUUUAUUUGUGGUUUUGGCGGCGGAAUGUUCAGAUGAAAUGUUUGUGGGCGGGGUGGAGUUUUUUCGACCGGGAAUGGAGGUCGAUUCUAAGGCUCUCUCUGCCGAGUUGCUUCUCCGUUUGCCUGGAGUGGUGGUGGUACGAGAUUAUGAUACUCUUGUCGGGGGUCUUGCCGAACGACGCCGCCGCCGAGGCGGUGGCGACCAUGGGGGUUUUGAUCCAGGCCACCUCCCUCGUCUACAUCUUCCCGGCGGCGCUGAGCCUCGCGGCGUCGACGCGCGUGGGGAACGAGUUGGGCGCCGGCCGCCCCGGCCGGGCGCGGGCAUCAUCCGCCGUGUCGUUCCUCUGCGCGGGCCUGACGGGCCUGGCGGCAGCGACGUUCAUGGUGACACUCGGCGGCGCGUGGGGGCGGGCGUUCACGGAGGACGGGGCGAUAGUGGGGCUGACGGCGGCGAUCAUGCCGGUGGUGGGGAUGUGCGAGCUGGGGAACUGCCCGCAGACCGCCGGGUGCGGCGUGCUGAGGGGCACGGCGAGGCCGACGGUGGGGGUGCAUAUUAACCUGGGGUCGUUUUACGGGGUGGGUUUGCCGCUGGCGGUAUUUUUGGGCUUCGUGAUGAAAAUGGGGUUAUUGGGCCUUUGGUUGGGCCUAUUGGGAGCUCAGAUCGUCUGUGCCAUUCUUAUGGUGUGGGCGUUGACCAAAACUGAUUGGGUGGUGGAAACACACAGGGCGAAGGAGUUGAUUGGUCUGCAAUUUAAUCAUCAAGAUGAACAACAUCAAAGAAAAAUGUUGUGCUGAUUCUUGAACUCGUAUUAUUUUCUUCUUAUUAUAAACA